AUGGUCAGAGUCCCCAGACUUCGAUCACCGGAUUAUGAGGGCUUAGGCACCCUUAUCCAUAACCGCACACCAUACUGGCUCCUCGCCAUAAAGUUCCUUGCCCACUACCAGACCACGCCCUGGCUCCCUGCCAUGGAGUCUUGCCCACUACCAGACCACGCUGGCUCCCCUGCCAUGGAGUCUUGCCCACUACCAGACCACGCUGGCUUCCUGCCAUGGAGUCUUGCCCACCACCAGACCACGCUAUUCCCCGCCAUGGAGUCUUGUCCACCACCAGACCACGUUGGCUCCCUCAUGGAGUCUUGCCCACCACCAGACCAUGCCGCCCCUGCCAUGGAGUCUUGUCCACCACCAGACCACGUUGGCUCCCUGCCAUGGAGUCUUGUCCACCACCAGACCACGUUGGCUCCUGCCAUGGAGUCUUGUCCACCACCAGACCACGUUGGCUCCCUGCCAUGGAGUCUUGUCCACCACCAGACCGUUGUUCCCCUGCCAUGGAGUCUUGCCCACCACCAGACCACGUUGCUCCCCUGCCAUGGAGUCUUGUCCACCACCAGACCACGUUGGCUCCUGCCAUGGAGUCUUGUCCACCACCAGACCACGUUGGCUCCCUGCCAUGGGAGUCUUGUCCACCACCAGACCACGUUGGCUCCUGCCAUGGAGUCUUGCCCACCACUCAGACCACGCUGGCUCCCCGCCAUGGAGUCUUGUCCACCACCAGACCACGUUGGCUCCCUGCCAUGGAGUCUUGUCCACCACCAGACCACGCUGGCUCCCCGCCAUGGAGUCUUGUCCACCACCAGACCACGCUUGGCUCCCUGCCAUGGAGUCUUGCCCACCACCAGACCACGCUGGCUCCCCGCCAUGGAGUCUUGUCCACCACCAGACCACGUUGGCUCCUGCCAUGGAGUCUUGCCCACUACCAGACCACGCUGGCUCCCCGCCAUGGAGUCUUGUCCACCACCAGACCACGUUGAUUCCCUGCCAUGGAGUCUUGCCCACUACCAGACCACGCUGGUUCCCUCGCCAUGGAGUCUUGUCCACCACCAGACCACGUUGGCUCCCCCGCCAUGGAGUCUUGUCCACCACCAGACCACGUUGGCUCCUGCCAUGGAGUCUUGCCCACUACCAGACCACGCCGACGCUGCUCCCCGCCAUGGAGUCUUGUCCACCACCAGACCACGUUGGCUCCCCUGCCAUGGAGUCUUGUCCACCACCAGACCACGCUGGCUCCCCGCCAUGGAGUCUUGUCCACCACCAGACCACGCUGGAUUCCCUGCCAUGGAGUCUUGCCCACCACUGACACGUUGGCUCCCUGCCAUGGAGUCUUGCCCACUGCCAGACCACGUUGGCUCCCUCUGCCAUGGAGUCUUGUCCACCACCAGACCACGCUGGCUCCCCGCCAUGGAGUCUUGCCCACCACCAGUCCACGCUGGCUCCCCUGCCAUGGAGUCUUGGCCCACCACCAGACCACGCUGGCUCCCCUGCCAUGGAGUCUUGUCCACCACCAGACCACGUUGGCUCCCCUGCCAUGGAGUCUUGCCCACCACCAGUCCACGCUCUCCCCUGCCAUGGAAUCUUGCCCACCACCAGUCCACGCUGGCCCCUGCCAUGGAGUCUUGCUCCACCACCAGUCCACGCUGGCUCCUGCCAUGGAGUCUUGCCCACCACCAGUCCACGCUGGCUCCUCUGCCAUGGAGUCUUGCCCACCACCAGUCCACGCUGGCCUUGCCAUGGAGUCUUGCCCACCGCCAGACCACACGUUGGCUCCCUGCCAUGAGUCUGCCCACCACGACCACGCUGGUCCCCGCCAUGGAGUCUUGCCCACCACCAGUCCACGCUGGCUCCCUGCCAUGGAGUCUUGCCCACCACCAGACCACGCGGCUCCCUGCCAUGGAGUCUUGCCCACUGCCACACCACGUUGGCUCCCUGCCAUGGAGUCUUGUCCACCACAGACCACGCUGGCUCCCUGCCAGGAGCCCUGCCCACCACCAGACCAUGCUACUCCCCGCCAGGAGCCCAGCCCACUGCCAGACCACGUUGGCUCCUGCCAUGGAGUCUUGUCCACCACCAGACCACGUUGGCUCCCUGCCAUGGAGUCUUGCCCACCACCAGACCACCUUUCCCCUGCCAGGAGUCUUGUCCACCACCAGACCACGCUGGCUCUCCUGCCAGGAGUCUUGUCCACCACCAGACCACGCCAUCCCCUGCCAUGGAGUCUUGUCCACCACCAGUCCACGCUGGCUCCCUGCCAGGAGUCUUGCCCACUAG